AUGGAGCGCGUGAUCGUGAGCAUGCAGGAUCCCGACAUGGGCAUCAAGAUGAGAAACCAGCGCCUGCUGAUAACGGUGAUCCCACACGCCAUGACCGGUAACGACAUCGUGGAGUGGCUCAUCCAGAAGUUCGCCAUCUCUGAGGAGGAGUCCCUGCAUCUUGGCAACCUCCUUGUGAAGCAUGGCUACAUCUACCCCCUGAAGGACCCCCGCAGCCUGGUGCUCCGGGCCGACGACUCCCCCUACAGGUUCCAGACUCCUUAUUUCUGGACAAGCUCCAAGUGGCCAGCCACAGAGCUGGAUUAUGCAAUCUACCUGGCAAAGAAGAACAUCCGCAAGCAGGGUGACCUGAUAGACCACGAGAAGGAUAACUAUAACCUGCUGCACAAGAGGAUCAACCACACCUGGGAUUUUGUGGUGAUGCAGGCGCGGGAGCAGCUCCGGGCAGCCAAGCAGCGACGGAAGGGGGAUCGUAUCGUCAUAGACUGCCAGGAGCAGGCCUACUGGCUGGUCAACAGGCCCCCGCCGGGAGCCCUGAAUGUGAUGGAGCAUGGGCCAGAGCGGAGGAAUUGCCACAUCAGCCGGGUGCAGCUGCCCAAGAACACGGAUUACUACAAGCGAGAGGGGGACACUGGCAGGGCUUGUGGGACAGACCAGCAGCACUGCCUGCUCCCCAGCACUGCUUGGCACAGCUCCCAGGUCCCCCACCCCGCGCUGAACCUGCCUGCUGGGUGGAGAGCAGGCAGAGAGCCCAGCCGUGCUCACCAUUGCUCCUCCCUCGGCAGGUACAUCAAAUUCAACGAGCAGUACAUGCCCCACGAUCCCAUCAUGUCUGGCUGCCUGCCCAGUAACCCCUGGAUCACGGACGACACCACGUACUGGGCCAUGAAUGCCCCCACGGUGAUGACACCGACCAAGCUGCGCGUGGAGCGCUGGGGCUUCAGUUUCAGCGAGCUGCUGGGUGACACGCUGGGCCGCAGGCAGCUGUUGGAGUUCCUCAAGAAGGAGUUCAGUGCUGAAAACUUGAGCUUCUGGGAGGCAUGUGAGGAGCUGCGCUACGGGGAGCAGGCCCGCAUCGCUGACAUCGUGGACUCCAUCUAUCAGCAGUUCCUGGCCCCCGGCGCCACCCGCUGGGUGAACAUCGACAGCAAGACCAUGGAGAGGACCCUGGAGGGCAUCAAGACGCCGCAUCGCUAUGUGAUGGAUGAUGCCCAGAUGCACAUCUACAUGCUGAUGAAGAAGGACUCAUACCCGCGCUUCCUCAAGUCGGAGCUGUACCGCAGCCUGUUGGCAGAGGCUGUCGUGCCCCCGGAGACCAAGAAACGGGUUUUCCCAUUCAUGAGGAAGCAGCGUCACUCCAGCCCAAGCCCAGCACUGCUGCUGUCCACGGGGGAGCCCGAGACGAAAGCUGAGGAUCAGAGCAAGGCAGUCGCUGUCCCUGUGGAGAGCUAGGAUCCCCUCACCUGCCCUCUACCCCCACUCUCCCCAGGCUGAGCGUUCUGCGCUGACAGGGGCCAGGGGCUGGAUGAGGUGGAGGAGCAACUGCUGGGCCCCAUGGGGCACCUGCUUCUCUCCCAGUCUGGCCCACCAUUGUGACAUCAGGCCCUCCAGACAGGGUGUUCUGGAGACAACGACACAUCUCUGCCC